UCGAAAUGUUCGAGAUCCGGUCGUUUUGAAGAACCAGCUCGAGCGGUCUUGUCGCGUGAAAUUGAAACUGAAAAAGCCGGCAAAACUGAAGCAAGUGUGUUGUGAUUCAGAAUUGAGCAAAACGAAAACGGUGGCCAAAACGAGCCGUUUAAUGAGCAAACAAGCUGGCCAAUAACCAAUUACCAUUUACCAUUUACCAUGCCAUCAAGGCAUCGUGUAACAACGCAGACACAACCGGCAGCAAUUAGUUAAUUUGAAACGUCGUGUGUGUUCCUCUCCAAAAAAAAAAAAAAGAAAAGAAAAAAACAAACCAAGUAAUUUACCAAGCAUUUAAACUGCAUUUGUAGCAUAACACUUUAGUGGCGCGUAGGAGAAAACAGCAAGGUCGUUAGGGGUCGAAUGCGAAAUUGUUUGUGAUGCAAGUGACAAAAUCAAAAUUGGAGUAAAUAGGUAAAAGUUGUAAGAAAGAGGAGACACGGAUAUUUCCCCUUUUCGCCUUUUUGGCCAUUUCUGUGAGCAUCUUCGCGUCGCGUAACGGUAAAUCUUUGCGCCCUGCGUGUCUUCGUGUGCGUGCGUGUUUGAGUGUGCGUUUUUUUCGGUUUUGUUUUCAUCUCCUCCUUGCCGUCCUCCUUCUGCUUCCUUCCACCUUCAAUUGCCAUCUCCUAAUUUCCACUACGAACGGAGAAACACGAAAACGAAAAAUUUCGAAGACCAAAAUAUUGAUGAACUCAAUUUUACUAUUUGACAAAUUUUGAAUUCAAAACAGACACUGACGCACAAGGAAACCUGUCACUUGGGAACAUAAAGGAGCAAUGCGGCGGAGCGGUGGCGCCAAACAAAAUGUGAGGAUAAACCAGAGUUGGAGCCUUCUGGGAUUAUGCUAAAAAUGCUCAAAGUGCGAUAUAAAUUUUUAUGAGUGUACGCGCUGAAUUUUUACGACUGUCUAGGGGGCGGGGAAAAUAAAUUAGAGAAAAUGCCCCAGGGAGGACGAUUUAAAACAAUACAAUAGCUUAAAGUGGCAACGGAAAUUGCAUGCAACCAGAAGGCGUGGCACUGGUCGCCCCCCCCACCAAGCACGUGACGCGCACACCAAGCCAACAACGUAACCUAAUAGAAGCCAUUUUGUAGCGCUAAUUCGCAGGACACACGUAAACACAGCACAGCUCCGUCUUACGUAAAAACACCACCCAUCUGCCAGCGCGGAAAUCAACCAGAAACCAUACACUCACCUCAUCCUCACCGUCACCAUCACCAUUACCGUCAUCAUCAUGGCCGUUAGCAAUAUUGUGUGCGAGUGGCUAAGAGCUUUGGGCCUGGCCCAAUACGCAGAGAGCUUCCUGGACAAUGGCUACGACGACCUGGAGAUCUGUAAACAGGUCGGUGAUCCCGAUCUGGACGCCAUCGGCGUCGAGAAUCCUGCCCAUCGACACAAGCUGCUCAAGAGCAUCCGAUCGCUGAGGGAAAAGGGCGCCGCAUCCGUCUACUUUAUGCUCAACGAUCCAAACUCGCUCUCGGGCAGCAUGGAGAUCCUCUGCGAAACACCACCCAACAACGAACUGGAGCUCGUCCUGCGGGAGCAGCUGGAGACGGACGGUGUCCGGCUCACUGCGCAUCCAUACUCAACACCGGAUGGACAACGCGGCCAUUUAGAGGGCCUGGCAUCCGUCUAUUGCGAGUUGCUAAUGGCUCCCUUCGGGGACAUUUUGGCCACUCUCGAGCGGGCGCGCCAGGCGGCCUGGGCGGAGCGGAGUCCGCUGCACUGUGCAGGUGUCGGCGCCCAGGUUGUGGGCGGAUCAGGUGGGGCUGGCGGCAGCACGGGCAGCGGCAGCGGUGGGGCGGCCAGCGGUGGCAGCGGCGGCAGCAGCGGCGUACUGCACCACCGCCAGCAGCAUGGCCAUCGUGGCCAUUCGAUGCACGGCGCCGGUCUGCCCAAUAGUCAUAGCCAGCCCAUUUAUGUGCCCGGAAAGUACUCGCCCUCGAGUUGUCUGUCCGACAAGGAGGAGGAUGAGAUCUACGGCUUUGGCUACGGCGUCUUUGCACCCCGCGUGGCCAGAGGAGGGUUAACGCAACAGCAACAGCUGCUGCAGCAGCAGACGCUGCAGACGCAGCAGAGCAUACAGCAGCAGCAGCAGCAGCUGCAACAGCAGCAGCAACAGUUACCAAUUGUGCCAGGACAACAGCAGCAAGGACCUCACCAGCAUCAGACCCUGCCACCGAAUGUCGCGCAUUUGAACUUUGUGCAGCAAAACUGCCUGAGUCCGCGCUCAGCUUAUUUCUACGAAUUUCCACCGACAGCUGAGGGUCGCGAGACAAAGAAACGCACCACACUGGCCCGACUGCUGAAAGGCUUGAAGACUGUCAAUCGCCGGGAUCGGAACAAUCAGCAGAAUGGCGCCCAAGCCAGGGCGGCCAACGAUCGUCUGCGGCACUUUCAAAUGAUAAACGGCGGCGCCGGCGGACAGCAGCACAGUUUCGAGGAGACAAUCCACAGGUUGAAAGUACAAGAGGCCAUGCGGAAAAAGGAAAAAUUUCAACGUGAACACGAGGAGAUCCUGCGUGAUAUUCGACAGGGACUGUUGCAAAUGAGUCGCGGCGAAGGACGCAUGGACGAUACGUACAUGUACGACGAGGCGCUGAGAACGGGCGGUGGCAUGGGCAUCGCCGGACUGGGCAUGCCCCUCGGAGUGGGCGGCAAUGGAGGGGGCGGGGGAGCGGCCCAUUAUGCGGUGAGUGCGCUGCAUCAUCAAGGUCAUUGGUACGACGAGCCGCCCUACGAGAGCGAUCCCGAUGACUUUCUCAUGGCCGGGCUCAACUGCGGACCAGCUGCCACAAUUCAGGGUGGCCGUGUGCGCUUCUCGAACAACCGCGAGAGCACGGGCGUAAUUUCAUUAAGAUCCGCCGGAGAUAUUUCAUUGCCGCAACGUGGACCGCCGCGUAGAGGUCUUAUCGUGCCGCAGCAGCCGCCAAAUCCGCCGACAAUAAUACCCUUAACGCACGCCAGAUCUCACGAUCGCGAAAGCGGCGACUACGCGGGCUCCAUCUCAGACCUGCAAAGCGUUACCUCCAGAUUCAGUACGGUGUCGAUUGGCACCAACAACUGCACGGCCCGGUAUCGAACGCUAAGCGGCGGAAUCGGGGAAUCACCAUCGCUGUCGCCCAGUCCCUCGUCGGAUUACGAGGACAUCGGAGUGACCAGGGGUCAUCACGGAUGCCUGCCGCCCAGCCUGCUGGCCGCUAAGGCCAAAAAGAACGGAUUACCGCACGGCAAGGCGAAUACCAUUUGCCAAAAGGCCACGGUGCAUCAUUCGGGCGAGAUGCGUAGCUCGGCAAAGGAAAUUGGCGCAUUUAAUGAGAAUGGACGAAACUUUGUUGCCACAAAGGAUACGUCGAGGGAUUUCAGCAAUUCCCAAGAUAAUACCGACCGUGGCAGCAUGAGCGAUCAGGCGUUCGCCUGUUCGGCCAGCUCCGUGGAAAGUUUGCCCAGCGCAUCCGGUUCGAGCACACAGGCUCUGGUUCGUCCUGGCAGUCCGCAUAGCUCCAUUUCGGCUGAGGAUCGCACCUCGAUGGCCAGCUGCAUCUGCAAGGCCAAGGCUCUCGUGGAUAGUUUGCCCAAUCCCUACGACAAGGAGGCGCUCAAAUUCAAGAAGGGCGACCUUAUCGAUGUGCUGUCGAUGAACGCCUCGGGCAUUUGGAAGGGACGAUGCCACGGCCGCGUGGGCCACUUCAAGUUCAUCAACGUGGAGGUGCUGCCGGAGCAGCGAAUGAAGAACUCCAGCAGCAAGACCCUGGCCCCCGGCUCCCGUUUGGCCAAUUCUGGAAAUGGCAGUCACAAUGGUGGGCCCUGCUCCGUGGAGGACCUGCUGAUUCGCAUCGGACUCAAGGAGUACACGUCCGUGUUUGUGCUCAACGGCUACGAGGACCUGGAACUGUUCAAGGAACUGGAGCCCGCCGAUCUGGAUUACCUGGGCAUUCUCAACCAGGAGCAUCGUGCCAAGCUGCUGACGGCUGUGCAACUGCUGCAUGACAUUGAAUCUACAAAUUUCGCCCGCACAGGCUCCGAUGUGGAUAUAGCCGGUUCCAGCUCGGAAAAUGACGAAGCCCGCCUGAACAACAUCAACAUGAAGCAUGGAGCGUCGCCCUUUGGUCGACGCCACUUUCCCCGCGACUCCGGAUGCUACGAAGGAUCGCCGCUACCCAGCUCACAGACACCCACGCAGGCGGUGAACUCGACGGACGAGUCGAACAGCCUGGACGACGUGGUGACCAAGUGUUCCAGCGAAAUAAUGAAGCGCGUGGAGAGCGCGCGCCGUUGCAAGGACAAUCCGUUCAAAACCACUCUGCCAGGCGGAGGACGAUUGGGCAAGAAGUCCUUUCUCGGCGGCAACGGCCUUAUGGCGGACGAUACGCUCACGCGUGGAGGGCUUAGCGAGAAGUCGAGCGAUUCGGGGGUCAGCAGCAGUUCGCUAUCGUCGGGUCCGCUGAAGAGCAGCACUUAA